AUGGGUGAGUUCUUCUUCAACAUUGACCAUGGGUAUUUGGAGGCUUUGACUCGUGGAUUGAAAGGUGGACUUUUGACUCAACCGGAUUAUGCCAAUUUGGUUCAAUGUGAAACUUUGGAAGGUAAUUUUUAUUCUUUUCAUUUUUGUUUUCAUUCUUAAUCUUCAUAGAUCUUAAACUCCAUGUUCAAUCAACCGAUUAUGGAAACUUUUUGGCCAAUGAACCAGGAGCGAUUACAGUUCAAGUAAUUGAUGAAAAACUCAAAGAAAAAUUGGUAACCGAGUUCACUCAUCUUCGCAAUAAUGCACUCGAGCCAUUGGCAACUUUUUUGGAUUAUAUCACGUAAGUUUUCCGGGGAUAUGUAGUUUUUUAUGGUUGAGAACAAUUUUUGUAAAAUUUUAAUUCCAGUUUUGAAAAAAAAAUAUUUCAGUUAUUCAUACAUGAUUGAUAACAUCAUUUUGUUGAUUACUGGAACUCUUCAUCAACGUCCAAUCAGUGAAUUAAUCAACAAAUGUCAUCCAUUGGGAUCUUUCGAACAAAUGGAAGCUAUUCAUAUCGCUUCAACUCCAGCUGAACUUUACAAUGCUGUUUUGGUUGAUACACCACUCGGUAUGCUUGAAUUAUUUAGAAAAAAGUUUUCAUUUUCUUUUAAUUAUACUUUUUAGCCAAUUAUUUCGUUGAUUGUAUCAAUGAGCAAGAUUUGGACGAAAUGAACGUCGAAUUGAUCAGAAACACUUUGUACAAGGCGUACAUUGAGGAUUUUUAUAACUUCUGCAGUAAUCUUGGCGGAAAAACUGCUGAAGUUAUGUGCGAUAUUUUGGCUGUUAGUUUAUUGUUUUCGAAAAUUAAUUUUUAAAAUUUCAAUUAUUUAUUAAAUUUAUUUUUUGCAGUUUGAAGCUGAUCGUCGUUCAAUUAUCAUCACAAUCAAUUCUUUUGAUACCGAAUUGAGCAAAGAUGAUAGACAAAAAUUGUAUCCACGUUGUGGAAAAUUGUAUCCAGAUGGAUUGAAUGGAUUGGCAAGAGCUGAUGAUUAUGAACAAGUUAAACAAGUUUGCGAAUAUUAUUCCGAUUAUAAGCCACUUUUCGAAGGAUCUGGAAAUGGACCAGGCGAGAAAACUUUGGAAGACAAAUUUUUCGAACACGAAGUCAAAAUGAAUGUUCAUUCGUAUUUGCAUCAAUUCCAUUUCGGUGUAUUUUAUGCAUUCAUUAAACUCAAGGUAUUUUUUAAAAGUUCAUUUUAUGACAAAAUUUUAAUUUUAAAAUAUUUGAAGGAACAAGAAAUGCGCAACAUAAUUUGGAUCGCUGAAUGCAUCUCUCAAAGACACCGUGCUAAAAUCGACAACUACAUCCCAAUCCUGUAA